AUGGAUACAGAAACAAGAAUCGAUUUAGUCAAAGAGGAGAAGGAAACGUCAGAUCAAACGGUCAUCUUGCAACAAUUCCCUCAUCAAGUUGGUGGCCAUAAUUGUAUCCUGAUGUACGAUCCAUUCACCGUUUGUAAGCUUUUGACCAUCCUUGAAUUAUCCUUUUAUAAGGAGAUUCCUCAUUCCUUAGAGCCAUUUCUCCCUAGAUACUUAGGUGUAAUAAAUGUCCUACUCGAAAAUGAUGUCGAGGGGAAAGCCAUUUUUCGAGCUUAUCGCCUCAGUUCUGAUGAGAUUGACCAUCAAAUAAUGACUCAAGUUGAUACUGACGAAGAAAUCAAAGUGAACUUUGCCAAGGCAAAUUCACAUGUAAAUAAUGGGCCUUCCAAGAUUCAAUCUGAAGGUCCUAUUAGCCCUUGUAACAGUAAAUAUUAUAGGAAACAAGUUAAAGUGAUGAACAAUGAUGAAUCGAAAUUAUUUAUUCUAUUAGAGAAUGUUGUUCAGCCAUUUCGUUGUCCUUGUAUACUUGACCUUAAAAUUGGAACUUGGAAUCAAAAACUGAAUAUACUGAAAAGUCGUUCUGAAGAUGAAUAUAAUAAAGUAUCAACCAUUAGACUUGGUGUUCGCUUAGGUGGAAUGCAGACCUACAAUGUGACCGAUAAAAAAUUUUCCUACUUUGACAAAUACUUUGGUAAAACAUUGGAUUUAGUUGGUUUGAAGCGAAUGUUAUACCAAUAUUUUGAUAAUGGCAUUACCUUUCAACAUGAUAUUUAUAACCAAAUGUUGAAAAAGCUACAGUUGCUGAGAAAACGAAUUGCGCUAGAAGAUUGUUUUCGAUUUCGAUUUCGAGGUUGUUCCAUUUUGCUCAUUUAUGAAGGUUAUUGUAAUGAUAAUAUCAACGGUAACACAAAUGUAGAUGCACGUUUGAUCGAUUUUUCUCAUACGAUAUCAAAUAAGUUAAACUAUAACCCUAAUCAGCAACUUAACGGGGAAUUGAUAGGUCCUGAUAAUGACACUCUUAAAGGAUUAGAUAAUUUAUUGACAUUUUUCAUGGAACUCUCUCCAUCACCUCAAAUUUCUUAA